CCGCGCCGGCCGCCCGCGCCCCGGCGCGCUCCGGCUCGGCCAUGGAGCUGCCAGCUGUUGGCGAGCACGUCUUCGCGGUGGAGAGCAUCGAGAAGAAGCGGAUCCGCAAGGGCAGAGUGGAGUAUCUGGUGAAAUGGAGAGGCUGGUCCCCCAAAUAUAACACGUGGGAGCCGGAGGAGAACAUCCUGGAUCCCCGGCUGCUGAUCGCCUUCCAGAACAGGGAACGGCAGGAGCAGCUGAUGGGAUAUCGGAAGAGAGGGCCGAAGCCCAAACCGCUGGUGGUGCAGGUACCUACCUUUGCCCGUCGCUCCAACGUGCUGACUGGACUCCAGGACUCCUCCGCAGACAACCGCUCCAAGCUGGAGCUGGGCGCUCAGGGCAAGGGCCAGGGCCACCAGUACGAGCUCAACAGCAAGAAGCACCACCAGUACCAGCCCCACAGCAAGGAGCGAACCGGCAAGCCCCCCCCGCCCGGCAAGAGCGGCAAGUAUUACUACCAGCUCAACAGCAAGAAGCACCACCCCUACCAGCCGGACCCCAAGAUGUACGACCUGCAGUACCAGGGCGGCCACAAGGAGGCGCCCAGCCCCACUUGCCCGGACCUGGGCGCCAAGAGCCACCCGCCGGACAAGUGGGCCCACGGCGCGGGGGCCAAGGGCUACCUGGGAGCCGUGAAGCCCUUGGCCGGUGCGGCCGGGGCUCCAGGCAAGGGCUCCGAGAAGGGCCCCCCCAACGGGAUGACGCCGGCCCCCAAAGAGGCGGUGACGGGCAACGGGAUUGGGGGCAAGAUGAAGAUCGUCAAGAACAAGAACAAGAAUGGACGCAUCGUGAUCGUGAUGAGCAAAUACAUGGAGAACGGCAUGCAGGCGGUGAAGAUCAAGUCCGGCGAGGCGGCCGAGGGCGAGGCGCGCUCCCCCAGCCACAAGAAGCGGGCCGCCGAGGAGCGCCACCCUCCGGCCGACAGGACUUUCAAAAAGGCAGCGGGGACGGACGAGAAGAAGGCGGAAGCACCAUCCAAGAGGAGGGAGGAGGAGGCGCCCGGGGCCGGCGACCCGCAGCCCCAGGACGCCGGCUCCCGCAAGCUCUCCCCCACCAAGGAGGCCUUCGGCGAGCAGCCGCUACAGCUCACCACCAAGCCCGACCUGCUGGCCUGGGACCCGGCCCGGAGCUCCCACCCGCCCUCCCACCACCACCACCACCACCACCACCAUCACCACCACCACCACUCGGUCGGCCUCAAUCUCUCUCACGCGCGCAAGCGCUGCCUCUCCGAGACCCACGGCGAGCGCGAGCCCUGCAAAAAGCGCCUCACGGCGCGCAGCAUCAGCACCCCCACCUGCCUGGGGGGCAGCCCGGCCGCCGAGCACCCCACCGACGUGCCCCCCACCGCCGCCCUCCCGCAGCCCGAGGUCAUCCUGCUGGACUCGGAUCUGGACGAGCCCAUAGACUUGCGCUGCGUCAAGACGCGCGGCGAGGCCGGAGAGCCCCCAAGCACCCUCCAAGUGAAGCCCGAGGCGCCCGCGACGGCGUCGGCCGUGGCGGCCGCCGCGCCGGUGACGGCGGCCGAGAAGCCUCCAGCCGAGGCCCAGGACGAGCCCGAGGAGCCGCUGAGCGAGUUCAAGCCCUUCUUUGGGAAUAUAAUUAUCACCGACGUCACCGCGAACUGCCUCACCGUCACGUUCAAGGAGUACGUGACGGUGUAGCCAGAGGGCUUCGGAAGGGGAAGCGCCAUCCCCGCGGGUGGCUUAGCACCUGGUGCCUAGGGGCGGACUCCUCCUCUCUCGCCAGCUGCGGGAG